CUGUUGGAUGGGGUGUGACGUAGAAGAGCAAUCAGGGCUCGAGACGAAGUUGAGCUUCAAUCUCCGCACUUUUUACCGUCAGCAACUGGACCGAGUCUGAAAACAAGCGCCGUUUACUCACCAGAAACCUCCCGGGAAUCAGAGCAGACUACCCCGGGGGACCAGCGGCCGGACGGACGGACCGGGGACACAUGGACACGCCAUGUAGCUGGAGAUACGGCGGUGGACUUCUUCACAGUUUCGCUCACGAAGAGGCGCAGUGAGAUUAAAAACAUGCUCACCGCGAUGCUGGCCUCCCUGCUGCUGCCUCUUCUGCUCCUCUGUCGGAUUUCUUUCUGCCAAUAUUCAAGCGACCAGUGCAGCUGGAAGGGCAGUGGUCUGACUCACGAAGGCCACGCCCGGGACGUGGAGCAGGUGUACCUGCGUUGCUCCCAGGGCUCCCUGGAGUGGCUCUAUCCCACGGGGGCCAUCAUCGUCAACCUCCGACCCAACACGGCGUCCCCCGCCGCCGCCCGCCUCUCCAUCUGCAUCAAGCCCUCUGCAGAAUCCGGCGGCACCAACGUCUACCUGGACCGCAGAGGCAAGCUGCGGUUGCUGCUGCGCGAUCGGGACCAGGCUCGGGGCAAGGUGCAGUGCUUCGGCAUCCAGGAGGGCGCUCUCUUCAUCGAGGCCGUCACGCACACGGACAUCAGCCGCCGGAUCACGGCGUUCCAGUACGAGCUGGUCAGCGACCGGCUGGGGCCAGAGGCACACUCAGUGGGAGCACCCUGUCAGCCCUGCAGCGACGCCGAGAUGCUUCUAGCCGUCUGCACCAAUGACUUCGUGGCACGGGGCAGCAUUACGAAGGUGGAGUUGGAGGAGGAGCACUCGUCUGUCACCGUGGAGCUCAAGCGCCUCUACAGACAGAAAACCCAGGUCUUUGUGUCUGGGGGGGUGAGGGUACGGAGGUGGACUGGCCACAUCAAGAUGCCCCUGCAGUGUGGGGUGAGGUCAGGGGAGGGUGAGUUCCUCUUCACCGGGACGGUGAGGUUUGGGGAGGCCUGGAUGGGUUGCGCCCCGCGCUACAAAGACUUCCUGCGGUUGUACGGCGAGGCGCAGCAGCAGGGGACCAACCCCUGUCACGUGGACACAGACUGAGUGCGUUACCUACCCUCGCUUUGAACAAUGACAAGUCCUCGCUGUGUGGGGAGGAGAGCUGAAAAUAGAGUUCGUGCUGUGGAGAGAGAGAGAGGCUGACGGACUGUUCCAGUGGCAGACUCUCUCUCUCUCUUCUCCUGCUGUCUCGUGACUCUUUUGGAGACAAAGACCGGAGCUCCUGAAUGUUGCCAAGCAGCAUGCUGGAUGGACUCGGCUCUCAAAGUCCAACGUGACGCAACGUGGAAUGUGUUCGGACUGCUUUUCUCGCAGACGAGUAACUCCCAGUUUUUAAAUGUAGCAAACCCCCAUUUGGUUUUUCUUUUGUAUAAAAUGUGAAUGGACAUUGUAUAUUUUGAAGCUCGGCGUGCUUUGUAAAAACAGCUUGAUGUACAGUUUUGAAGUUAUUACUUAUGAAAGAAAUGUAUAAAGUGAAAGCCUGUUGUUUUUAUUUUGUUUAAAAAAAAAAACGAUUCGCAAUUUUAAUG